GUCCUUCAGUAUCAAUGCACGUAUAGGCAAGCAGGAAGCAAAAAUGAAGAAGCUGUUUGGGCAAGUGGCGAGGAAAGCGGUCGCUCUGGCGGACGACAUUGCCUCAUACAAUGAUGGGAGGCACGUACCGGCCAAAGCUCGGCCGGGUGGCGCCCCCAAGGGUGGCGAUGGCGGCGCGGGCGAUGGCGGACUGGAUCCGGUGCUCGAGCACCUGCUGCGCAAUGUGCGCUCGCGCCACGUGCGGCAGCACUUCGCGCGCACGCCCGCCACCGAGUACACGCGCCACCGCAACCUGACCAUCCAGGUGGCCACCUACAACGUGGGCGGCAAAAAGCCGCACCCAGGCAUCCGGCUGGAUGACUGGCUGGGGCCGGGCGCGGCGGGGGCGGGGGCGGGGGCGCGGGUGCCGCCGCAGGCGGGCCCGGCCGCCGCCGCCGCGGCUCCGGGCGGUGCUGACGUGGUGGCUGUGGGGUUCCAGGAGCUGGUGCCGCUUAACGCCGGCAGCGUCAUGGGAGUCCUGGCCAAUGACAAUGUGGACGCGUGGGACCGCUGCCUGGCCGCCCAUCUUAACGGAGAGGAGUGGGCGGCGCAGCGCUACGGCACGCUGGGCCCCGCGGCGCCCGGCACCGCCGCCGCUGCCGCUGCCGCCGCCGCCAUGCUGGACGCCAAGUGGCAGGGCGGCCCCCCGCCGCGCAGCCAGCUGGAAGGCGGCGGCGGUGGCGGUGGAGCAGGCGGCGGCGGCGCUGAGGGGGGUUCGGGGGUUGAGGACUCGACGUACGUGCAGGUGGCCAGCAAGCAGCUGGUGGGCGUGUACCUCAGCGUGUGGGUGCGCCGCAGCCUGCUCAGCGCAGUGCACGGCGUGCAGGUGACGACUGUGGCCACCGGCUUCGGCGGAUACCUUGGCAACAAAGGCGCGGUGGCUGCGCGGCUGCGGCUGUUUGACAGCAGCCUGGUGUUCGUGGCGGCGCACCUCACCGCCGGCGAGGCGGAGGGCGACGAGCUGAAGCGCAACGCCGACGUGGCCGACAUCCUGCGGCGGGCGGCCUUUGCGAGCGGGCUGGACGGUGGCGGCGCGGUGCCCAUGACGGCGUCCGCGGCGGCGGCCGUCAGCGCCUCUCUGGGCCCCGGCCACUGGCCCGCCUGGCCCUGCGGCAUCACCGACCACGACCUGGCCAUCUGGGUGGGAGACCUCAACUACAGACUUGCUGUAGCACCCGCGGCAGCAGCAGCAGCAGCCCAGCCCGGCAGUAGCAACUCCGGCGCCGGGGCUGCUGCUGCUGCGCCGGUGGCGCCGAAGGCGGCGGGUGGCGGUGGGCUGCUUACGGAUGCGGAUGCUCGCGCCGCGAUUCGUUCGGGGAAGCUGGACGCGCUCAUCAAUGUGGACCAGCUGCACCGGGAGCGGACGGCGGGGCGCGUGUUCAAGGGCUGGCACGAGGGCAGGAUCACAUUUGCGCCCACCUACAAAUACAAAGUCGGCACGAACACAUACAACGGCGAUGACGCGCCGUCGGCCUCCGCCUCCUCCGCGGCGCUGGCUCCGCAGCCCGCGUCCCAGUCCCAGGCCGACCUGGCGGUGGCGGAGGACGCCGACUCCGCGUCUGUGACGGGGCCCAGCGCGGUCGUGGGCCCCGACGCCGAGAGCCACAAGCGUCGCACGCCCGCCUGGUGCGACCGAGUGCUGUGGUGGACACGUGCCGGCGCCCACGACCAGGCGGCGGCUGCCGGCAGCAGCGGGACGGCCGCCGCCACACUGAAGCAGCUGGGCUACUGGCGUGGCGAGCUGGCGUUCAGCGACCACCGCCCGGUGAGCUCGCUGUUCUCGGCCCAGGUGGUGUCGUACGACCGGCCCAAGAUCGAGUCGCUGCUGGAGGCGGCGCUGAGGGCGGUGGACCUCAUGCAGCAGAGCAUGCGGCCCAAGGUCACGGUGGAGCCGGUGGUGCUGGAGGCGGGCGACUGGGUGGCGCCGGGCCGGCACGUGCGCCUGCGCGUCACGCUGUCCAACACCGGGCCCGUGGAGGCCAUCUGGCACUUCAUCCCGCCGCCCAACGCAGGCGGCGGCGGCGGCAAGGGCGGCGGCGGCAAGUUCGGGCUUGACGACGAGACGCCGCCGCUGCCGCCGUGGCUCACGGCCACGCCGGCGGAGGGCGUCCUGGCGGCGGGUGCCACCUGCGAGUUGGACCUGUCGGUGCUGGUGGCGGGUGGCCCGGGCGGCGCGGCGGCGGCGCUGUCAGCUGACGUGGCGGGCAGCGGCCGCGGCGGUGGCGGCAGCAGCGCGGGCGGCUCGCUGGACUGCAUCGUGAUCCUCCGCAUUGAGGACAGCGGCGACAAGUUCAUCAGCAUUGGGGGCCGCUACCGGCGGUCGUUCCUGGGUAUGCCGCUGGCCGCGUUGCUGGCGCCGGGGCGUGCCGGUGGCGUGCUGCCGGCGGCCGAGGCGGAGCAACUGGCGGCGGGGCUGGGUGUCGGGCCGCUCGCACUGACCCCUGCACCUGCGCCCGAGGCCGGCAGCGAGGGCGAGGCGGCGGCGGUGCCGCGAGAGGUGGCGGCGCUGCUGGCGGCGCUGGCGGCGGAUGGCGGCGCGGCGCUGCGGACACCGGGCAUCCUGGUGGACUCGGCGCCCGAGGCGGCGGCGCGCGCUGGCGCGGCGCCCGAGUCGGAGCCCGCAGCCGCAACGGCGCCAGCAGCAGCGGAGGCGGCGGAGGCGGAUGCCGGCGUGGAGGCCGCCGCCGCGGCGCAGCAGCCGGCGAGCCGGGCGGGGCAGUGUGCGCUGCUGCGGGCGCUGGAGGCGGUGCGGUUGCCGCUGGACGGCGGCUGCGGCGUGCCGCCCUCCGCCGCGCCUCACGACGUAGCGGCGCUGCUGCUGCUGUGGUGCGGCCAGCUGCCGCAGCCCCUCAUCUCCACCGCCGCGGCGGACGCCGCCGCCGCCGCGCCGCCGGUCUCGCCGGGCGAUGCGGCCGCGCUGCUGCGCCGCCACUGCGACGCGGCGUCGCGUGGCGUGCUGGCAGCGCUGCUGCCUGUGCUGCGCUCCGCGCUGGCGCCAGCGGCGGUCGCUGCCAACGGCCUCAGUGCUGCGAGGCUUGCGGGCGCCCUCAGCGCUUGGUGGCUCCCGCCGCUGGCGGCGGGUGCGUCGCCGGACGCGGGCGCGAACCGCCGCCGGCUGCUUCGCAUGCUGCUGGAGCCGGCAGCGGCUGGUGAGUCGCUGGUGUAAGAGUUUGUUGGUGUGACGUGGCGGCAACAGGUCGUCGGCCCGGGCUGAAUGGAGGGGGCUGGACACUGUCGGGAUGAUGGAAGGCCGGCAGAAUGUGGAUAUGAGCCAUGGUGAGGACUGAGGCUGUGCAGGAUGCAAUCCGGUUUGUCGUGCGCUUCUGGACCAAUCAGCAAUGGGAGACUGGUGAGACGAGGUGCGGCAUGGCCAGAAGGAAAGGUAGAGUGAGCUCACGUGUCUGUGACGUCACAAGGUGUUCUUAAUGGUGUGAAAGGGCUGCAGAAGGGGGCGACAAUGGGCCAUCGUGGCCCACGGGGGGGAACGCCCUGUCAAGCAGGCGUGUGGGAUUGCUACCCGAGGCUCACCCUUAGCCAGGGUACCUUACUUUUUGUACCUGCAUAGUGCAUACGGUAAUGUCGAUGUUUCUUCAGUAUUUUGGAUUUCUGGAUGUUGGUCAUGGCGCGACUUUGCUGUGUGCAGCAGCCCGCGUGCCAUCGAUGCCAUUCGUUGCCAUUGCCGUACAGGUGGUGGGCGGGCAAGGGUAAUGGGUC